GGCGGCGGUGGCGGCGGCUUAGCAGGAGGAUCGGCCCCGGGUGGGAGCCUCCUGGCCCGGGGAGGACCGAGGCCGAGCCGUGGGCGGGACUCCGCGUGUCCGGCUGGCGGCCAACUGUCCGUCUCCAUUAGAGAACGCUCCACCGCCGAGCGAUGCUGGGCCUAUCCAACCGGGAGAGAAAUCCCCCGCUCCUGUUGGGAAUGAGAUUCCAGACUGGCUCACUCUCUCUCAAGAUUUCAAUGUGAGCUCCCCCGGCCACCAACCGUCUCCAAGUUGCGGGGCCAGCCACAGACUCCUCGACCGCGAAUUCAGAGGCGAACCGUGACCUAGUCUGAAGAGAAGCGAGGAUCUGCCCUCCUCGCCUGGACCUCCUGUCAUGGAUGAAGAGACACAUCACAGCCUUGAAUGCAUCCAGGCCAAUCAGAUCUUCCCCCGGAAGCAGCUCAUCCGUGAGGAGGAGAACCUCCAGGUGCCCUUCCUGGAGCUGCACGGUGAGAGCACGGAAUACGUGGGGCGAGCUGAGGAUGCUGUUAUCGCCCUCUCCAACUACCGACUUCACAUCAAGUUCAAGGAGUCUCUUGUUAACGUUCCGUUACAGCUCAUAGAGAGCGUCGAAUGCCGUGAUAUAUUUCAGUUACAUUUGACUUGCAAAGACUGCAAAGUGAUCAGGUGUCAGUUCUCCACCUUCGAGCAGUGCCAGGAGUGGCUCAAGCGGCUGAACAAUGCCAUCCGGCCUCCCUCCAAGAUCGAAGACCUGUUCUCCUUCGCCUACCACGCCUGGUGCAUGGAAGUCUAUGCCAGCGAGAAGGAGCAGCAUGGGGACCUGUGCAGACCAGGGGAGCACGUGACGUCCAGGUUUAAAAACGAAGUGGAGCGGAUGGGUUUCGAUAUGAACAAUGCCUGGAGGAUCUCCAACAUCAACGAAAAAUACAAGCUGUGCAGCAGCUAUCCCCAGGAGCUCAUCGUGCCGGCCUGGAUCACCGAUAAGGAGUUGGAAAGUGUGGCCAGCUUCCGGUCCUGGAAACGCAUCCCCGCCGUGGUCUUCCGGCAUCAGAACAACGGGGCGGUCAUAGCCCGCUGCGGCCAGCCAGAGGUCAGCUGGUGGGGCUGGAGGAACGCAGACGACGAGCACCUUGUUCAGUCGGUGGCCAGGGCCUGCGCCUCCGACUCCUGCUCGACCGGGGGCCGACUAGCCAACGGGAGCUGCCCCAGAGACCUCGCCAACGGAGACCUCUCGGACGCGGAGUUCGAUUCUUCUCUGUCGAACGCUUCAGGAGCUGGGGGCCUGGCCAUCCAGCCCCAGAAGCUUUUAAUCCUGGAUGCCCGUUCCUAUGCCGCUGCCGUGGCCAACAGAGCCAAAGGCGGAGGCUGUGAGUGCCCGGAGUAUUACCCGAACUGCGAGGUGGUGUUCAUGGGAAUGGCCAACAUCCACUCCAUCCGGAAAAGCUUCCAAUCCCUGCGGUUGCUGUGUUCCCAGAUGCCCGAUCCGGGAAAUUGGCUGUCGGCUCUGGAAAGCACCAAGUGGCUCCAGCACCUGUCGGUGCUCCUGAAGUCGGCGCUGCUGGUCGUGCACGCGGUGGACAGAGACAAGCGGCCGGUCCUGGUCCACUGCUCGGACGGCUGGGACCGCACCCCGCAGAUCGUGGCCCUGGCCAAGCUGCUCCUGGACCCCUACUACCGGACCAUCGAGGGUUUCCAAGUGCUGGUGGAGAUGGAGUGGCUGGACUUCGGCCACAAGUUCGCCGAUCGUUGCGGCCACGGGGAGAACUCGGAUGACCUGAAUGAGCGCUGCCCGGUGUUCCUGCAGUGGCUGGACUGUGUCCACCAGCUCCAGCGGCAGUUCCCUUGCUCCUUCGAGUUCAACGAAGCGUUCCUCGUGAAGUUGGUUCAGCACACCUAUUCCUGCCUCUUUGGGACAUUCCUGGGCAACAACGCCAAGGAGCGAGGGGAGAAGCACACUCAGGAGCGAACCUGCUCCGUCUGGUCUCUGCUGCGGGCGGCCAACAAAGCCUUCAAAAACCUGCUCUACUCCUCCCAGUCAGAAACCGUGCUGUACCCCGUGUGCCACGUGCGCAAUCUGAUGGUCUGGAGCGCGGUGUACCUGCCCUGCUCCUCCCCGUCCACCCCCGCGGAGGACACGGGGGCUCCCUACCCCGGCCCAGGCUCCGGUUCCGACGAGCAGCCUCUGAGCAGCAGGCUCCCAAAGACACGGUCAUUUGACAACCUGACAACGGCCUGUGACAGCCACCCAGCCCCAGCCGCCCGCCGCAGCAGCGACCCGAGCCUGAAUGAGAAGUGGCAGGAGCACCGUCGGUCCCUGGAACUGAGUGGGCUGGCCCCUGCGGGGGAGGAUCCCUGGGCCGGUGAUGGCCCCGGCCGACCAGGCCGGGCGCCGCCCGGGGCCGAGCUGUCCGUGGCCGCCGGCGUGGCCGAAGGGCAGAUGGAGAACAUCCUGCAGGAGGCCACCAAGGAGGAUGGCGGGCCCGAGGGGGUAGGCCCACGGGAGGAGGCCUGCCCGGUGGUGGGCCGGGAUGACCAGUGGGACGCCCCCCAAGGCAAGCAGACAGGCUUGGCCGGGGAAGCCUUGGCCGCCGCGGAAGCUCCACCCAGCCUCCAGCCCCCAUGGGAUGCCUUUGCCCUCCAAGAGCAAUGGGCCCAGUCUGCCGCCCCGGGCAGUGGGACUGAGGUGGUCCCUUGGGAGGUGGGUCCGCCGGCCACCCCCCCAGAACAUCCCACCCUCGGCGAGUCUGGCCCCGGUAGAAGGCCGCCAGAUCCUGAGCCACAUCUGGGCAGCCCCCUGCCACUCACUGCAGGACCCCUGAGCACGGCUGGCCCUGCCGAAGAGCCGCCUGAGUGUGAGGCCGGGCUCGAACGGGGCCCCGGGGGGCCUCCCCCAACGCCUCUUCCCAGGCCCCACCUGCCGGAGAGCCAGGACGAGGGACUCGCCCACCAGCCCAAGAAGGAGAGCCUGGCCGGCAGGCCCAGACCAGGGGCCAGAGGGCACAGGACUCCCGGCGGCGGCGGCGGCCCUGCCCACGGGCCCCACAGCCCAGUGCCUUCCCGCUGUGCCUCAGCCGACCGGAACCAAGAGACCGUCUGCAACGGGGAGCCGGCGCCCGAGAACAAGGUCCCAGAAAAGGCCACCAUGGAUCCGGAGGACAAGGCCCUGGAGAAGCCCACAGGGCCCAGGGCCACUCCAGCCCCCAACAGGCACUGCCUGAAUGGAGCCAGCGUGAGGCUCCAGGGGGUCUCUGGCUCCGGGCCCACCCAGGUCCCCCGGCAGAACUCGCAGGCCAAGCGGGCCCCCGGGGGGCCCUGGCGGCCGCCCGCCACCGGCAGCCCAGACCAGCCGAGCCGCAGCCACCUGGACGACGACGGGACGCCAGUCUACGCCGACGUCAUCCAGCAGCGCCUGCGCCAGAUGGAGUCUGGCCACCAGCACGAGGUGGACGCCCUGAGGAGGCAGGUGCAGGAGCUGCGGAGCCGGCUGGAGAGCCGCUGCCUCAACGGCCACUUCGCCGACGCCGUGACUCCAAUCCCUGACUUGGAGAGCAAUCUGGAUCGGAACUGCUUAUCUCACUGCAGCCCUGAGAUUUUCUCUGAAGCCAGCUGGGAGCAGGUGGAUAAACAGGACACAGAGGUGACCCGCUGGCUCCCGGACCACCUGGCCGCCCACUGCUACGGCUGCGACGGGGCCUUCUGGCUGGCCAGCAGGAAGCAUCACUGCAGGGGCUCCGACGGCGUGGAGGAGCCGGGGAACUGUGGGAACGUGUUCUGUGCCACCUGCUGCAACCAGAAGCUUCCAGUGCCCAGCCAGCAGCUCUUCGAGCCGAGUCGCGUCUGCAAGGCCUGCUAUAGUCACCUGCAGCCCCCGGGCACCAGCCUGGACAUCGAACUGGACAAGCCCAUCGCUGCCACGUCCAACUGAUGGGUCCCCGCCCGCCGGGGGGUGCCGGGGUUGCGGGGGGGCAAGGUGGACCCCUCCUCCCGCGCACUUUGGAUGGGAGCUUUGGGGGCGUCUGCUCAGAGGGACAGAGCUGUAACACACACACACAUACACACACACACAGCACUGGAUUGUGGGCUUUCUUGGACUGUCCUCCUUCCCCGUGGGUCCUCUGCCCCCAAUUUAUUUGGGUUUGCUGAAGAGGGCAGGGCAUGGGGGGGUGU